GCUUUCUAGACGACCUCUAAAAACGUGCAACACACAAUUGAGCCACAUGCUGUGGAAGUAUAGCGUUAACAACAACUCCGAAUGAUUAUUAUUUAAUGACCAUUUAAAUAUCGCACCAUGUCGAUUUCAUUGUUAAAAAGGGGGCUCGAAUUGCUUAAUGAAGAUCUUAAAGGUGUAACCAAGGGGCAGAAGAGGAAGAGCACCAAGAAGGUAUCAGUGAUGGAUCAGAUCAGCACCAAUAAGCAGGGUGUUAGGAAGCAGAUCCGAAGACUUCAGGCCCACAACACAACCAGAAAAAACAAAGCCACGGUGAAAAACAAGCAGAUCAAGGACGCCUUGGAGGAAUACAGAAAGAAACAGAAGAAAAGUCAUCUCGAUUCCAACCUGCAGUACUUCCUGGGAUCCAGCUAUAAGAUGCAGGAAAGCUGUAGCAAGAAGAUCGUUCAGCAGAACACAGGCCGUCAGUCACGGCACCAGACAGAGAAACCCGUCAAGAAACAAGAAAAAAAGCAAUCCAUUUUCACCGAGGCGGAAUUCCAAAAGUUCCAAGAGGAAUACUUUUCUAAGCUUUGAUCUCACUUAUGUGAGACUUACUGUGGACACUUGUUUGAUGAUGUAGAGGAGGAAUUCCUGCAUUCCAGGAAAACAUCUGGAGAAGUCACACAUGCACAUGGACAGACAUGUGGAAAUUCAGUUUCCAUUUUUGUGAAAUGAUCUUAGUUCUUGUGUUUAUUUUCUAACUUGCAUGGCAGACUCCCCAUAUUCACUGAUUUAAAUGUGUAGGUGUUGAAAUUUUCGGUGAGUAUAUACACUACCGCUCAAAAGUUUGGGAUCACUCAAUUUUUUAUUGUUUUCCAAGGAAACGCACACGAAAUUAGUCUGAAUGGAAAAUAUAGCAAAAGAACAGGACAUGCUGACAUGUCAGAGUUAGAAAUAAUGAUUGUGUUUGUUCUCGUGUUUAUUUCUUUUUGCAAAUAAAUAUGUUUGAUGGUUUGCAUAAAGCUGUGUUUAUGUUUUAUGACUUGCUUCAGAGCUACUUCAAUAAGGAUUUUGGAUGUAAUACAUAUUGCUGAAGGCAUGGAUGGAUGUGGAUAGAUAGAUAGACAGACAGACGCCAAAGUAUGUUCCAGUCAAACUGGUCAGAUGGUGUUGAUUCAUUUUCUCUAACAGCAGCUCUGACUACAUUCAGUAAGAUCUCUCACGUAUAUUAAUGAUCUUGUUAUAAUACAUUGCUUUCGAUCAUUCAGUUAUUGAAUUUUUAUUUUUGGUCACUUUGAUGGUGUAGUCAUGUUUAUAUAUUGAAUAUAUUAAUCAUGUUAAUGCUGAAAAAACAGUGGUGAACACAACUGAUA